CGAUAAUCCCACCCCCCUUCUUCCGGUCGCGCGGGGUCUAUAUAAACACAGCCCGGUCGCUUCCGCGCUUAUACUGCCUUCCAUUUCCGAACCCUUAACGUCGGUGUGAAGGAAUAUCUGACAAAAUGCGUGAGUGUAUUUCCAUGCACGUUGGCCAAGCCGGCGCCCAGAUGGGCAAUGCAUGCUGGGAGUUGUAUUGCCUGGAGCACGGUAUCCAGCCAGAUGGUCAGAUGCCAAGUGACAAAACCAUUGGAGGAGGAGAUGACUCUUUCAACACCUUCUUCAGUGAGACUGGAGCUGGUAAACACGUCCCAAGAGCCGUCUUUGUGGAUCUGGAGCCCACUGUCAUCGAUGAGGUGCGCACUGGUACCUACCGCCAACUGUUCCACCCUGAACAGCUGAUCACUGGUAAGGAAGAUGCCGCCAACAAUUACGCCCGUGGCCACUACACCAUUGGCAAGGAGAUCAUUGACCUGGUGCUGGACAGGACACGCAAACUGGCUGAUCAGUGCACUGGACUCCAGGGCUUCCUGAUCUUCCACAGUUUUGGUGGUGGUACCGGCUCUGGCUUCACCUCCCUGCUCAUGGAACGACUCUCCGUCGACUACGGGAAGAAGUCAAAGCUCGAGUUUGCCGUUUAUCCAGCUCCACAAGUCUCCACAGCUGUGGUCGAGCCCUACAACUCCAUCCUUACCACCCACACCACCCUCGAGCACUCCGACUGCGCUUUCAUGGUGGACAACGAGGCCAUCUAUGAUAUCUGUCGUAGAAACCUCGACAUCGAGCGCCCCACCUACACAAACCUCAACAGGCUGAUCGGACAGAUCGUGUCCUCCAUCACUGCAUCUCUGCGUUUCGACGGAGCCCUGAAUGUUGAUCUGACAGAGUUCCAAACUAACCUGGUGCCUUACCCACGUAUCCACUUCCCUCUGGCCACCUACGCCCCAGUGAUCUCCGCAGAGAAGGCCUACCACGAGCAGCUGUCGGUCGCCGACAUCACCAACGCUUGCUUCGAGCCAGCCAAUCAGAUGGUGAAAUGUGACCCACGUCACGGCAAGUACAUGGCUUGCUGUCUGCUCUACCGUGGUGACGUUGUACCCAAAGAUGUCAACUCUGCCAUCGCCACCAUCAAGACCAAGCGCACCAUCCAGUUUGUGGACUGGUGUCCAACUGGUUUCAAGGUGGGCAUCAACUACCAGCCCCCAACUGUGGUUCCUGGUGGAGAUCUGGCUAAGGUGCAGCGAGCCGUGUGUAUGCUGAGCAACACUACAGCCAUCGCCGAAGCUUGGGCCCGUCUGGAUCACAAAUUCGAUCUGAUGUACGCCAAGAGAGCUUUCGUUCACUGGUAUGUGGGUGAGGGUAUGGAGGAAGGUGAAUUCUCUGAGGCCAGAGAAGACAUGGCUGCUCUGGAGAAGGAUUAUGAAGAGGUCGGCACAGACAGCGUCGGAGAGGAGGAUGAAGAAGGAGAGGAAUAUUAAGAUGUCACCACCUGGCAGGUGCUUGCUCCAGUCCAGCAAGACAACUAUCCAAGCUUAAUGUUGUUCACUUUUAAUGUCACAUUCCGUGCAAAGGUGUUUUAUGGUAUCACCUACAAAAAAUAAAAAUGUUAGGUCUUUGCUGUUUUUCAAGAUUUUAUUUGUCUCUCACAUAAAACCUUGAAUAUGGGAGUUCACUUUUAAUGACACAUUCCAUGCAAUGGUAUCACCUGCAAAAAUAAAAAUGCAAAACAAGAACAA